AUGAAGAGCCCAGCCGCGACUUCUCACCAAGCCCUCGUCCAAGCCAAAUACGUCGACAUGUUGGUUUUCCGCAUCAGAAAAAAAAAAAUUUGAUAGUCUGUUCGGAUAUCGCUCAAACUCCGCCCCUUAUUCAUAGUUCACACCAAUCCCAGAGCGUUGUUGGGGGCGGAGUUUCCUGUUUGACAUCCAAAAUCUGAACAUACUAUGAAUCAUGCUUUAUUGGAAUAAAUGAACCAGUAUUAGACAAAAGAUAUGUAUUCCCCUUUAUUUUAUUCGCUUACCAUUUUGAUACGAUUUUCCCGGAAUUUUUCAAAUAGGAAAAAAGUUUGAACAAAACUAACUUCUAGAACUUUCGAAAAACGAAAAUUGUCUUUAAAAUGAUGAAUAGACCAAAAACUUGAUCGCCUUUCUUUAAAUGACUUUUUUUGGCAAACGAUACCGAAAAAAGACAGUCAUUUCAGCGUAAAGUUCAGAAUUUUCAAAAAAAUUUGCUCGAAAAAUCUUUGAUGGACUGGGAAUCGAUUCCCCAUAGUCGCUAUUUGCGCUAACUUUUCGUUUUGGAGAUAUGAUUCUUCAAAGUUUUUAUCCUUAACCAUGUGACGAAGUUUGGAAGGAAUCUGUCCGCGCAACUAGCCAUUGCAUGGCAGCUAGGAGGGUGGUGCAGUGGCUAGCGCGGUAGCCUGGGAAACCUAUGAUGAAGGUUCGAAUCUUUUUGCCGCUACUCUUUUUGAGACUUUUAUUUUUUGACUGAUCAUGAUGAAAAUAUCGAAACUUCAUGGUUAAAACCGUUCAUAAACCGUUCGAUGGCCAUUUUCUUUCGAAACAGAAAUUUUUUUUGAAAAUUUCUAUGACAAUAAUUACCUUCCAUGUGAAGAAUUUGUGACAUUUCCUAGAUGCAAACGAAAGAUUAAAAAUAACGAGUGACCCUAUUUUAUGGAAAAAAGGCCUUAUUUUUUAAAUAUCAUCCAUCUAAAGAAGAGAGUUCAUACUGCAAAGAAAAAAAAAGAUGACUUUUACAGCUUGCUCGAUCGUACACCAUGGUCCUAAGGGACAACGAGGCAGCAGAAGUAAAGUUUUUAAAAAAAAGAAACUUUCCCUUAUCAGCUAAAAACUUAACUGUUUCUUAUACUUUUUUUGUGCAUUGUGAACAUAAUGAAAAAUUUUUUUAUUAUAGACUGUGUGACACGACUUGAAAUUUCACGGAACGACAUUCCGCUGUUCCGCUGCGUGCGUGCGAAGCGUCUUUCGAAUCUAGUUCACGCUUUUAAUUAAUUUUCAUUGCUGUGAGAACACAUGAAAGUGUAGUACCCUAAUUAAAGAAAAAAAAUAAAUAAAAAGCGCGACCGAGGUUCGCAAAGGCGCGCAGCGGUACAGCAAAAUGUCGUUCCGUAAAAUUUCAAGCCGUGGCACACAGACUACAUGUUUUAUCGAUAUUUCUAACUUGGCUACAUUACAGAUCUCGCGGUACUUGAGACCGGAGUCAGAAGAAGACCGGGGUGCAGCACCACCGCUUUUCGAGGUGUCUGUGAUGACGGACUGGUUCGGGACCCCAGUGAGUUUUUUGACCCAAUCGAAAUCUGAAAAAUUGAGAUAGUUUCUUAACGUUUCAGUAGGGCCUUUCUGAUGUCAGAAAGGCCAUACUGGAUGAGAAAAAAAGGGUCCAACGCCUCUAGAAAUGUGUAAGAGCCUUCAAAAAAAGGAUCUUCUUCAUUUUUUUGUCCCUAAAAAUUUAAUGACUUUUUUUGAGAUAAAAUAAGCAACAUUUUAUCUUCAAUGAACACCUAAUCAAAUGAGCCGAAUGAUACCCAAGAUCAACUUCAGGCAAAACAUUUAGAAAUCCUUGAAAUCUUCAGAACUGAAUCUAUUUGGAUGAAAAAAAUAUUUGGUAUCGAUUGAGGCCCUUCGGACCAUUAGGAACUUGAAACAAGAGCCUAACUUGUAAUUGUAUAAUGUAUUCUCUCGAAUUCUAGAUCCAAGUGAACUCGGUAGGGUUCACGCUGAUCGGUCAAUAAGUUAUUAAAAUAGAGAAAUUUAUGUCAAUCAAUAGCGAUUCAAAGACUUACCAACGGUAAGAGACCUGAAAACUCACUAAAUCUGACAAAGGUUGGAUAAAAAGAAAAUUUCUAUUUUACAGCACCUUGUCAUGCGAGAGCACGUCGGCAGCGCCGAAACCCAUGAAGAGGUUCGUUUUUUUUAAUUCGGUAAAUUUAUGAAAUAUAAAGGCACUGUGAAAAGUCCUUCACAAAUAGUCUCAAGUAAUCUCUUAUGGGACAUUUUCAGUCUAAAACUACUUAAAAACAACAGAGUGGCCCCUAUAGGGGGACCUUAGGGGCUCUUGAAGAGUUCCUUUCGAUGGACCGCUUUACCAACCCCUAUAGGGGCCCCUAAAGCUCGCAAAGUGGUCCCUAUAGGGGACAUGCUAGUCGGUAACUUUUAUAAACUCUAUGCAAAGAAGUACUACCAUGGGAAAACUGAAUAAAUGGGCGUUUUUCCAAUAAGAUCGAUAGACCCCUAUAGGGACCACUUAAGCUUUACAGGCUAAGGAGUCAGACUCUAAACUCCCAUAAUGAUUAUCUUGAUUUUACCCCUAUAGGGACCCCUUUUUCGAUCUUUACAGAGACUGUUCUUCACCCUAACCCCUAUAGGAACUGAUCUAAAAUUUUUUAAGUCAACGCGGAUCACAAAAAUGAUAUGAUCUAUUCGACUGUUUUAAAUGGAUAUAUUUUUCAGCCAACUGUGAAUGAGGAAAACGACGUCCGGCCACAAAGUCAAGAUCAGAGGCAAGAAAACGAAGCUCUCUCACAGCCAAGCCCGAGUCGCACGACUCGUUCCGACUCGCCCGACAAUGCCAGAGUCCGUUUUCUGAUUUUCUUCAGAGUUUUCAAUAAUAGUCUUUGUGCACGACUUGAAAUUUCACAAAACGACAUUCCGCUGUUCCGCUGCGUGCGUUCGCGAAGCAUCUCUCGAAUAUAUAUCACGCUUUCAAUUGAUUGUUAUUGCUGUGGGAGCACAUGAAAGUAGAGUUACUUAAUAAUUAAAUAAAAAAUGCGCGUCCAAGGUUCGCGAAGGCGCGCAGAGGCACAACGGAAUGUCGUUUGGUGAAAUUCCAAGUCGCGGUACACAGACUAUACAAAAUAUUCCUUUUUAAUCUAUUAAAACUUCGGAUGAGAUUACUGAAAGCUAACGCCCCAAAAUGUGAACAUAGAAAACGUCAAAAAGGUUCGAAAAAUGCUUCUUUAUGCUGCCUUUUUGCGCCGUUUCCUAACUUUUUCUGAAAAGGGUCCUGACACGGUAAUGCACGAGAUAGUGCCUGGUCGACCGCUAAAAGAGAGAGGCUAAAAAAAGGCCACAGAAAGGCAGCAAAAAGGAAGCAAAAAGAGUUCCCUUUAUCGAGCCUUCCAUUUUUUCUGGGAUUUUGAAGGCUCAAGAAAUGGUGGAAAAAGGGAGAGGCAGCAAAAAUGGUGCAUCAUAGCCGAUGAAAUGGCGCAAAAGGGCAGCAAAACAGGAGCCUUUGUCACCCUAGAAGGAACAUUUCUAUGGAGCCUUUUCCAUCCUUUCCGACUUUGCCUAUGAAUAAACCAUGUAAAUCCGAUAGAGGUUGAGUUUUACCAGUUAGAAGACUAUUUACAGAAGGUUUUACCGAUGAAAGCAUGAAAAAAUUAGAUAAAAGUUCGCUUAUAAUUAUUUCUAAAAAGAGAAAAAAAAAUGAUGAAGCUACGAUACUUGAAUAGUGAAAAUUCGUUCAUAGUAGCGCUCAAAUAUGUCUUUUUCUGUACAGAUUUCCAGUAAAAUCACCAAAACAAUAAAAUUUACAGAUGCCGAGCACGACGUCUCACAUCACAUGCAGGAAGAGGCACGCCUCUCAAAGCAGAUCAGCCAUUCCUCCAAAGGUUUUUUUUCAAAUCCAACACUUAAGAAAUGAAAAUCAGCCUUCUCAUCAACUUUAUGACCACCGAAACAAAAAAAAAACCAUUUUAAAAACAAUUUUGUGAGAAAACUAUUGAAUGGGUUCAAUUCUUCAAAGCGUUUUCAAAAUUCCCAUAUUGCAAAAUUAUUAAAAUUCCAAGCUUGAGCUUCGAGAAGCUAUGGGCUUCAUAAAAACAACAUUACGAGCCAAAAAAAAAUCCAUUUUAUCCAUUAUAAGCUCAUUGGGCUCUCUAGAAUCAAUAAAAGCCGAGCAGAAUGCCGAAAUUUCAAAUCUACUGUAGACUCUCUUCCAUUACAAUUUCAAAAAAAAAGUUGCGGAAAAACAAAAAUUUCUUUUAUUCAUCCAGAAAGCGCAAGGAUAGGCCAAUUCCCGAAUAAAAUUAUUAAUAAGUCAAGCGAAUUUGAUUCAGCGAGCGCUUCUGGGUCCCCAGAACGAAGCCAAGAAAAGGAAAGCAGGAGAAGACGCGGAGGAUGCGCCAACGAUAAAAUGGCAUUGUGCUGAUUCUUUCGACGUGAGUUUUUUUUAAAAUCAAAGUUUCAUGCUCUCGGACAAAGUCGGAAUGGUGAAUAAUGACCGCAAAAAGGCAGAGGCUCAAAAAAGGCCGCAGAAAAGCAGCAAAAAGGGUCCCUUUAUCGAGCCUUCCAUUUUUUUCUGGGAUCUCAAAGGCUCAAAAAAUGGUGGAAAAGGGAGAGGCAGCAAAAAUGGCGCAUAAAGGCCGAUGAAAUGGUGCAAAAAGACGGCAAUAAAGGAGCCUCUUCCACCCUUUCUGACUUGGCCUAUGCUAAUUUUAAAACCGAUCACAUUUCUUUUUUGAAACACUUUUUCAAAAAGUUCAGAAAAAAUUCGAUAAAAGCCUCUGCAUUUAAAAAAUGAGUUUGAAAAACAAAAUCUAAAUGUGACUUAAUUGAACUCAUCAAUUUAAUGGAAAAAUGAAGGGCCUACGAAAAAAAAUAUAUAAAAUAAUGCUAAGUGAACUUUCAAGAGGCGCCAAGACCACUUGAGUAAUUAAUUGAAAGCUUAAAAUUCUACAGAAAGACUGAAGGACGCCGAAUGAUUUUGUAAUCAAUUCAAAAAAAAAAGGGAUAAAAUAUCAUCAGUUAAGCUCAAAUUUACAACAUAAAGAGCCCGUUUUUCACACCAGAACCGAAAAAACGCAUGUCAAUCAAAGGGAGAAAUGAACCCCCACAAGGUAUCACCAGUCGACUUGAAUUUCAAAAAUAAUAAGCCUGGAAAAAUGCAUAUUGCCUUUUUUUCAACACCUUAAUGAAAUUAUUUGAAUAGCGUCUUCAUCGCAAAAAUAAAACUUGUUUCGAAACGUUGUUGUAAAACAAUAAUUAGAACUGUUUGAGGCGACGAUGAUUGCUUAUUCGCGUUUUGAUUCGAAACUUCUGAAACGUUCCCUUUCUCCGAUGAAAACGCCAUGAGAAUGUUUCAAAAUAUGAAAAUUUCUUGGAUAUGUUAAAUACUGGUUAUCCACAUUUGAAUAGUAGAAAAAUAUCCUUAAAAACAAAAGUAAAUAAACUAAACAAACAUUCAUUAAACGAACUUGCGAGAACUUGAUUGAAAAAGUGUAAAAACGAACCUUUUAUUUUUCCGUUCUCCGUCGUAAAAUUUCAAUUUGACCAAUAAUCUUUAUUGGGGAUGAUAUUGGACAACUUGAUUCAUUAAACAGAACUUUUUAUACAAUUGAAGUAAGUUUGAAACUAAUGUUGCACCAUUUUGAGUUUAAAGUCUUUCGAAAGCUAGAAAGAACAGGAAAAAAAGUUUUCUGAAAGCAGGAAAACAGGGGGUAUUUCGAGCGGAACGAAUGCUAGAUUUGACUUUUUGAUUGAAAAAAAAUUGAGAAAGAAAAAAGAGAAUAUCCGGUUUUUAAAUGAUAUGAUUCAGGACGAAGUUCAAGAUGAUGAGCCAGAGGAAACCGUGGAGCCCGUGGAGGCCGUAGAGCCUGAAGAGGCCUUGAAGCCCGAGCAGGUCGUGGAGCCCGAGGAGCCCGAGGAGGUCGAGGAGUACAAGGAGGCGGUGGAGCCCGAGGAGGCGGUAGAGCCUGAACAGGCCUUGGAGCCCGAGAAAGUCGAGGAGUACAAGGAGACGGUAGAGCUCAAAGAGCCCGAGGUCGUGGAGACGGCACGAGACGAUCCUCCCGUGGAAGAUCCCGCCAUUUUGAAGGCGGAGAUCCCCGAAAUGAGCGAACCGUUGGUGGUUAGUCUACAAACUCAGUUCUUUUCUACCAUUGAAAGAAAAUUUUCAAAAAAGGCAACUUCAAUGAUUUGCUACUAAUCAAAGAAAGGUUUUAUCGAGCUUUCCAUUUUUUCAAGAAAUGGAGGAAAAAGGGAGAAGCAGCAAAAAAAGAAGAGAACCAUUUCAAUCCAAUAGAGGUCGAGUUUUAUCAAUUAGAAGCCUGUUCACAGAAGUUUCUGACAAUCAGAGCUUGUAAAAAAUAAAACAAUUUCGCUUAUUAUUAUUUCUGAAUAGAGAAAAAAUGAUGAAGCUACGAUACUCGAAUGCGGAAAACGCAUGCAUAGUAGCGCCCAAAAAUGUCUUUUCUCUGUACAGUUUUCCAGUAAAAUCACCGAAAAAAAUCAAAUUUACAGAUGCCGAGCACGACGUCUUACAUCACAGCAAGGAAGAAGCAUGCUUCGCAAAGCAGAUCAGCCGCACCACCAAAGGUUUUUUUAAAACUAAGAAAUAAAACACAGCCUUCUCAUCAACUUUAUAUCCAUCGGAACCAAAAAAAAAAAUCAUUAGAAAAAAAUUUUGUGAGAAAAGUGUUGAAUCGGUUCAACUUUGAAAGCGUUUUCAAAACUUUUAUAUAGUAAAAUUGUUAAUACUGAAAUUGAACUUGUGGAAAUGUGAAUCCUCGGACAAAGUCGGAAUGGUGGAUAAUGGUCGCUAAAAAGAAAGGCUCAAAAAAGGCCGCAGAAAGGCAGCAAAAAGGCAGCAAAAAGGGAGCAGGGAGGGAGCAAAAAGGCAGCAAAAAGGGAGCAAAAAGGCAGCAAAAAGAGUUCCCUUCAUCUAACCUUUUUGGAAUUUUAAAGGCUCAAGAAAUGGUGGAAAAAGGAAGUGGCAGUAAAAAUGGUGCAGAACAGCCGAUAAAAUGGGCCAAAAAGGCAGCAAAAAAGGAACAUUUCUAUGGAGUCUUUUCCACCCUUUUCGACGUUGCCUAUGUCAGAAGUUUACGAAUCUUCAGCCUGAAGACUUCAGGUCUGACAAAGUAAAAUGAUUAAAUUUUUUUCCGCGAUUUAAAGUCAGGAGUUCGCUCAAAAAGAGUAACCAAAAGCAUCUAAAGGCACUGCAAAAAAAAAGUUUGGUGGGAUUUUCAAAAAAUUCCUUCAGCCGUUCUCUCCGAACGCCGGCGAAGAAGAUCAACUUGUCCUGUCCCCCGACGACGAAUCCGCGGCUCAAGAAGGAGGAGAGCACGAUUCCGAAGAAUCGUCAUCCAGCUUCUCUUCCCCGGUACCUUUCUCAUCUUGCUAUAUAAAUUUAAUAUCUUGAUUCUCUCAUUUAUAAUCACAAAUAUUUUCAUGUAACUCAACCGUGGACUAGGUAUCACGGCGUUUUUGUUAGUAAUAGAAAAUGAAAAAAAAAAAUGAUGUAACUGAAAUUCGCAAAAAUUUUGAACAUGGUAUGUGCGAGAGUGCCGCAGUGCAUGCACACGACACACUAGACUUCACGGCAAAAAUUUGGCCGUCGUCAAAAAAACGCCGUGUGUUUUAUGUACAAAGAGUAGGCGAAAAUUCAAAAAAGUGAAAAAAUGAUAUUGAAUUACAAAAAGAUUGGGCUCACCAACAUUUUUUUUUUCUUCAGGUCCCGCUCAGUGAGCAACAAGAAGACGUGCUCCUGCUCUUCCAGUUGGAAGCCGCCGAAGAGUUCCCCGAGUCGGAAACGGUUAGUCUUCGAAUUACUUUGUCUUUGAGGUCGACGAUGUUUGCAAAAUCUGAAAAAAAAUGGUCCGUUUUUCGCGACUUGAAAGGGCGGGACUUCUCUGCGCCCUCCUUAUCUCUAGACGUCUCUCUCAAUUUUACGUGCUGUCUCCAUUUUUCUCUGACCUCGCCGGUGAGGGAACAGAGAGACGCAGACACGCGAAAACUGUCAAGUCGCGGUAGACGGAAUUCAUACAGUGAGAAUGCGUCCAUAUGAAAAAAAUAUCAGAUUUUCUCUUCUAGAUAAAAUUCGGAACCCCUAAAAAGGAACCUGACUGCGAAUAUAAGUAUAUUUCAAAAAAAAAAUUAUUUAAGAUCUCCACGGAAGACUCUUUCUUCCUGCGAGAAGGAGAGAGGAGGGCCCUUGAAGCCGCCGAAGAGGAAAGGGCUGCUCGCGCCGCCGAAGAAGAGGCCGAAUCUCCCGAUGAAGCCCCGGUUGAGGUUGGUCUACUUCUUACAAUAGGCUACAUUGAAUAAAGCUUUGGUAUCUAAAAAAUGAUUAUUCACAGAAACAACGUCAGGAAAAAGAUUAAAACCUUGAUAAUUUUCUCAUCUCACGCUGGUUUUUUUUUAUAUUCCUAUUAUGAUGCUUUCUUGGAAAGAUUUUAAAAAUCCCUCUAAAUUAGACGAAAAAUUUAAAAAAAUUAGACGAAAAUUAAAAAAAGCUUGAGGAUCGAUAUUGAGAACAUAAUAAACUCUUAACACGGCGUUUUUUUUGACGACGCCUUUUUUCCCGUAAAGUGUAGUGUAUCGUGUGCAUGCACUGCGACGUUCUCGUACAUGCCGCGUACAAAGUAAAAGCUUCAACUCGAUCGAUUUAGUCCGUUUAUUGGAAAGAAAAAUUCCAAAAGUUUCAUGAAGUUCAAGGCUUGAAAGGUUUUUUCCUGUGAUCAAAGUUUUGAAUUAUGUAGAGUCAUCUUGAGUAUUUGGCCUAUAAUAUACUACAUGAUUAAAUUGAAGGAAGGGAUUGAAAGUCCGGCCAACGAGGAGGCCGUGGUCGACGAACCGGAAGACGACGCCCCGCCAGCCGUCCCGGCCGCCGUUGCAGUGGGCGCGCCACCAACACCGGCCCCCACGGCAGCGGCUCCGGCGGCUCCCGUCCUGGCUGCGGCGCCACCAACACCGGCUGCCGCUCCAGGGCCAGUGCGCCGUCCGAAGGCUCGUCAGGUAACAAGUUUCUCAAUUCACCUAGCAAUCCUAAACUCGGUUUAUUAAAAAAACAAAGGUCAUUUUUCUUUGCGAUUUCCUGAACAUAGGUCAGAAAACUUCUUGAUGUACGGUUUGGAGUGGGCGGAGCUUGGCGAUCCCUCAUAAAGGCUGAAAGCUUAAAGCUUUUAUUAAGCAGUUGUGCGUAAAGCGCGUUUUUGAGAAAAACUUCCCGCCGCACGGCAUUCCUAAUGGCGUGAGGGAAGGUCAGCGAAACGUCAAAGUAUUUGAAUUUACAAAAAAUGUAAGUGCGCGCUUCGGAUAAAGUAAAGUCACGACGCAUCAUUCUACGUCAAAGCAACGUCACAAACUACACUGAGUACUCAACGUCAACACUUUGUCUGUGUACUUAGAUUUGCAGGCAUGAAGAACACCCUACUCCUCAUUUGGCUGCGUACUUGAGAUUUGAAUUUUCGCGCAAAAAUGUUUUUUACGUCUCCUUAUCCCGUUUCACGGCAUUCCUAAUGGGGUGAGGGAAGGUGAGCGACAAAGUUUCUGAAUUUACAAAAAUAGUAAGUGCGCGCUCCGGAUAAAAGGACUGUGACGUCACAGCUGUAGCUGAUUCACGGCUGGCUUGAGCCAUCGAGAAAAAGGUCCUGUCACGAAAAGAGACGAGGCAGUGCCCUGGUUAGUGGAGAGUGCAGACAGGCCACGCCUUUUUGCGUCCCAAGCUAGCCGUGAAUCGUCUAUACCUAUCGUUGCGAAUGAAACUGAGUAUUCAACGGCAUGAAGAAUACAUUUGGCUGCGUACUUGAGAUUACAAAUUUGGCGCCAAACUUUUUCUGACGUUUCCCCACCACGUUACUACAGAAUAACUCAAAAGUCAGAACUCCUCUUGAGUUCGAACAAACAACAACAGCAAAAUUGUUCCAGCCACGAGCGCCGUUCUACGGCCCUCCGCAGCGCUGCUCGCGGAGGCUCCGCGGCCUCCCCGUGGCCCGGCAGGUCCAGCCCCAGCAGCUGGACAUGGACGCCAAGGCGCCAGCAGAAAUCCUCGAAGAGGUGCGCGCCGAACUCCUUCGGCGCGUGGAUGGCGGCAUGACCGUCGAAGAGCUGAGGAGGACGGAGCGCUUGGGUGCCGCCAUCACGACCCUCAAGAAGAUCGUCGAGGGUCGCCCAGUCACGGACGAUGGCCUGGAGAAGCUCAAGACGAGGAUCCGGAAGUUCUGUUAG